CACAUUCAUUCAGCUGGUUCGCGCACUGACACGCGUUGCUUUUCGACGGUUUCUUAUAUGUGGGCUACUUUUAGUACAACAACAAGGUGAAAACGGAAAGUAGUUUUGCGACUGGUUGCGAGCUUUCACAAGGAUCGUCAGUGCCACAGAGAUAUCGAGUCAGCAAUUCAGUUAUCAACAUGUCUAUCAAUUUGCGCACCGUUUACGCUUUUGCGAGAGAAAUGUAUCCAAAAGUAUCAAAGGAAACCAUUCAAUACGGAACAGCUGGGUUUCGCGGCAAAGCCGAGCUUUUGGACAGCGUUAUGUUCCGUAUGGGCGUGUUGGCCACUUUACGCUCCCGGUUUAGAGAGGGCUCUGUCAUUGGCGUAAUGAUCACAGCCUCACACAAUCCGGAGCCCGACAAUGGCGUUAAGCUGAUCGAUCCGAAGGGUGAAAUGUUGGAGUCCAGCUGGGAGAAGAUUGCCACAGAUCUGGUGAACGUUAGCGACCAAGAACUAGAGCAGCAUGUAGCUAACAUAAUUAAGGAUAACCAAAUCGAUAUUACCUCUAGCUCUUAUGUCUACGUGGGUAUGGAUAAUCGCUAUCAUAGCCCACGCUUGCUCAAAGCUGUGGCAGAUGGUGUCAUCGCACUGAAGGGAAACGUACGAGAAUUUGGCAUAGUCACCACGCCAAUGAUGCACUUCUUUGUAGUGGCAGCUAACACAAAAGAGGCGUAUGGCAAGCCCACGGAGGAAGGCUACUACGAUAAGCUUAUUUCCGCCUUUGAGAAACUUCGCAAUGGCCAGCUGGAGAAUGGCAACUAUCGCAAUCGGCUGAUCUUCGAUGGCGCAAACGGAGUGGGUGCUAGGAAAAUGCUGCAAUUCAACAAGCGCAUGAAUAAAUCCCUUGACGUGACGGUUAUAAACCAGGGCGUUGGACCGGGCAAGAUCAACGAAGAGUGUGGGGCCGAUCAUGUUAAGGUGCAGCAAAAACCUCCAGUGGGCAUGCCCAUUGUGGAACCGUAUACGCGCUGUGUCAGCGUCGAUGGCGAUGCUGACCGUGUGGUCUACUUUUUCACCGAUGAAACGGGGCAGUUUAGGCUGCUCGACGGAGACCGGAUAGCCACCCUAGUGGCUGGCUACCUGAUGGACUUGAUUCAAAGUUGCCAGCUGGACCUGCGAUUGGGCUUAGUGCAGACGGCUUAUGCCAAUGGCGCGUCCACAGAUUACAUUGUCAACGAAUUAAAGGUGCCCGUUUCCUGUGUGCCCACAGGUGUUAAGCACUUGCAUCACAAGGCCCUGGAGUACGAUAUUGGCAUCUACUUUGAGGCCAAUGGCCACGGCACAAUUGUGUUCAGCGAUAGUAGUAAGGCAGCGAUAAGCGAGGCUGCCAAGACGAACCCCAAAGCGCAGACUCUGCUGCUCGUAAUAGAUCUGAUCAAUGAAACUGUAGGCGAUGCCAUCUCCGAUAUGCUGUUGGUGGAAACGAUUUUGAAUCACAAGGGCUGGGAUGUUAAAGACUGGAUUUCGAGUUACGCGGACCUGCCAAAUCAACAGCUUAAGAUACAAGUCAAGGAUAGAAACGUUAUCCAGACCACAGAUGCAGAACGCGUCUGUGUAAAGCCGGAGGGACUACAGGAUGAAAUCAACCAAGUCGUUGCAAACUACAAACGUGGACGUGCGUUUGUGCGGCCAUCCGGAACAGAGGAUGUGGUGCGCGUAUACGCCGAAGCUUCAACAAGAGAAGACACCCUUCAGCUGGCAUACGAGGUGGGACGAUUGGUGCAAAAACUUGCGGGUGGAGUCGGCCCGGAAUUAGUUAAUCCAAGCAACAAUGCUCAUUUGUAGUCAAUAUUUUUAGAGAAGGCUUGCGUGCUUAGGCAUAAUCUCAAAUAAUCGCAUUUAACCGGCGUGCUUAAUUGAUAGCUUUUAUUUUACAUCCUACUUUGGGGAAAAUGUAGCUAGUAUGUUAAAUUUAUACACCGCCUUAAAGUAUACCCAAUUUCAAU